GUGUGUGUGUGCAGGAGAGGAGGUGACACGGCCCACAUCCCCCUGAACAUACGGAUCACACAGCCGAGCUGCUGCUGGGGUAAACAUGGUGAAAAUCACGGUGGUCAAGACCAAGCCCUACACUGACCAAAAGCCCGGAACCAGCGGCCUAAGGAAAAGGGUGACCGUGUUCCAGCAGAACCAGCACUAUGCCGAGAACUUCAUCCAGAGCAUUAUCUCCACCGUGGAGCCCUCUCAGCGGCAGGAGGGCACGCUGGUCGUGGGAGGGGACGGGCGCUUCUUCAUGAAGGAUGCCAUUCAGCUGAUCGUUCAGAUCGCUGCAGCCAACGGGAUUGGCCGACUGGUCAUUGGUCAGAAUGGGAUCAUGUCCACGCCUGCCGUGUCCUGUGUGAUCCGCAAAACAAAAGCCAUCGGGGGGAUCAUUCUGACUGCCAGCCACAACCCUGGUGGUCCCAACGGAGACUUCGGCAUCAAGUAUAACAUCUCCAAUGGAGGGCCUGCACCAGAGGGAAUUACUAAUAAAAUCUUCGAUAUCAGCAAAGGCCUCCAAGAGUACCACAUCUGCCCAGAGCUCAAAGCGGAUUUGUCCACCAUCGGCAAACAGACCUUUGAGGUCGACACGUUUAAGCCUUUCACAGUGGAGAUUGUGGACUCAGUGGAGUCAUAUGCAGAGAUGCUCAGAGACAUCUUUGACUUUGCUGCCCUGAAGGAAUUACUCUCUGGACCCAAUCACAUCAAUGUCCGGUUAGAUGCAAUGCACGGAGUGGUGGGUCCUUAUGUGAAGAAGAUUGUGUGUGAAGAGUUGGGCUCCCCUGCCAACUCUGCUGUUAACUGUGUCCCCUCUGAGGACUUUGGAGGUCACCACCCUGACCCUAAUCUCACCUACGCUGCCGACCUGGUCAAUACUAUGAAGGGAGGUGAAUAUGACUUUGGAGCAGCUUUUGAUGGUGAUGGUGAUCGUAACAUGGUUCUGGGGAAACAUGGAUUCUUUGUAAACCCUUCUGACUCUGUAGCUGUGAUUGGUGCUAACAUCACCUGCAUCCCGUACUUCCAGAAGACUGGUGUCAAAGGACUGGCACGCAGUAUGCCCACCAGUGGUGCUCUAGACAAUGUGGCCAAAGCUCUUAAAAUGGAGCUGUAUGAAACGCCCACAGGCUGGAAGUUCUUUGGGAACCUCAUGGAUGCUGGAAAACUGUCUCUGUGUGGAGAGGAGAGUUUUGGCACUGGCUCUGAUCAUAUCCGAGAGAAAGAUGGUCUAUGGGCUGUGCUCGCCUGGCUGUCCAUCCUGGCUGCUCGUAAACAGAGUGUGGAGGAUAUCAUGAAGGAGCACUGGCAGAAGUUUGGCAGGAACUUCUUCACCAGGUACGACUAUGAGGAGGUGGACUCAGAUGCUGCUAAUAAGAUGAUUACAGAGCUGCAGAACACCAUGUUUGAUAAAGCCUUUGUUGGUCAGAAGUUUUCCUCUGGGGAUAAGACGUAUCAGGUGGAGAAAGCUGAUAACUUUGAGUAUACAGACCCAGUGGAUGCCAGUGUAUCGAAGGGGCAGGGACUCCGGAUCAUCUUUAGUGAUGGGUCCCGUAUCAUCUUCCGUCUCAGCGGGACAGGCAGUGCUGGUGCAACUAUCAGACUUUACAUAGACAGCUAUGAGAAGGACCCUCAGAAGAUUUAUCAGGAUCCACAGGUCAUGUUGGCUCCUUUGGUGGACAUCGCCCUGAAGAUCUCCCAGCUCCAGGAGAAGACUGGGCGCACCGGCCCAACUGUGAUCACAUAAUGACCUUAUAGACCCCGUUUACAACUCAGAUCUAGCUCAGACCAGAAUUCACUCUAACCAGCACUGCCUUGCUCCCGGUCCACCACCAGGCCUAUAUUCCCCCAUCCACCACCAUCGUCCUGUCUGCUGUUUGUUGUGUAUGUCUCCAGACACGUCUCAAAUUUUGUGUGUUCAAUAGGUGCAAUAGAAAGCUUUGAAUUAAUGUUAAAUAGAUGGAUAAAAAUGGUAUUAAAUUACAGUAUGUAUUGUGGACUUUUAGGGUUGGUUUCCCAAACAAGGAUUAAGCCUAGUCCUAGAUUUUAAAUCUCUAUUCAUGCUGUGUAAUCCAAGCCUAGGCUUAUUCAUUGUCUCAAUAAACCCAUUAGGGUUGGUUUUCCAGACAGAGAUUAAGCCUAGCACUAGACUCUCUAUAUCUCAUUUAACAGAGAAACUCUGUUUACAGUGCUGUAUAGUCUAAGACUAGACUUAAUCACUGUCCCAGAAACAAACCCAUAAGCACUUAUAUUGCUGUGAAGAAUUGUAAAAAAUAAAAAUGGUACUCUAUAAAGCCCCCUGAUAUAUUAA